AUGGAGAGCGACCUGAAGAGGAUUUUAGCCGUCAUGACGUUCCUGUCCGAGAGGCUGGAGCAUUUAGAGGCGCGAAAUAAUGAACCACGUCCUCGGGCGGCGUCGCGCUCGGGUUCGAUUCCGUACGCAAUUAUUGGCGCCUAUCUCUUGCGUCACUACGGAUUGGUAGUCGACCUUCGAGGGCGUCGCCUCACCGAUUCCUUGACGCAGAUCUAUUCCAUUGCAGUUGUCAGACCGGCACUGAUUCAUUCAGUGCAUACGGUCAAUCCUGGUUCCAGGUGCGCGGAAAUCCUAGUCCAUUUCCCUGAGAUUACGGGUUCUUCCCCUUUAACGCCCCCGGAGGGUCAUAAUGUGGUACAUCACAUUUUCACUUCUGGUCCUCCGGUUGCAGAGCGCGCUAGGCGUCUCUCCCCGGAGAAGCUCUGUGCAGCUAAAGCCGAAUUUCAAGCUUUAGUUGCGGCUAGCAUCUGUCGUCCGUCUCGCAGCCCUUGGGCGAGCCCGAUCCAUCUUGUUCCUAAGAAGGACGGUUCCUGGCGAGUCUGUGGCGAUUACCGCCGCCUUAAUGCGUUAACUACGCCGGAUAAAUAUCCAACUCCCCAUCUCCAUGAUUGUUCUGUCAAUCUUCAUGGAAAGAAGGUCUUUUUGUCUCUCGACUUACACAAGGCCUAUAAUCAAAUUCCUAUGGCUCCGGAAGAUGUCGAGAAUAUGGCAGUGAUUACGCCGUUCGGCUUGUUCGAAUACCUGUUUAUGACAUUUGGGCUCAGGAACGCCAGCCAGUCAUUUCAGCGUUACAUCAAUCGUGCGUUGGGUGACUUAGAUUUCGUCUGCGUCUAUAUAGACGACAUUCUUGUUGCUUCCGAAUCCUUAGUGCAUCAUGAAAUGCACUUACGCGCUGUGUUUCAGAGGCUCAAGGAAUUUCACCUCCGUUUUAAUGCCGACAAGUGUGUGUUCGGCGCCUCCGAACUCGAGUUCCUCGGAUAUUCGAUCAACAGUGCGGGCAUUCGGCCUACGACGAAAACGGUUGACGCGAUCACCAAUUUUCCCCAGCCAAAAACCAUCGCUCAGCUUCGACGUUUUCUGGGGAUGGCGAAUUUUUAUCGCCGAAACCUUCCCAACGCGGUACAAUCACAGGCCCCGUUGAACGCGUUUCUCACCGAUUCUCGGAAGAAUGACAGACGCGAAAUUGUUUGGUCCUCGGACGCGGUACAUGCGUUUGAAAAGGUUAAAUCAGACCUUGCCAACGCAGCGUUACUGGUGUUCCAACAUCCUCGUGUAGGCGCAGAUUUGCGUGUCAUCACGGACGCUUCGGAUUUCGCUAUGGGAGCGGCUCUCGAACAGCGUUCUUCAGGCUCGGAGAACACCGUCGCCGAUUCCCUUUCGAGGAUUGACGCUGUUCGUCUCCCUGUGGAAUUCGACCUGGAUGAGCUUGCAAGAUUGCAGAGCUCUGACACUCAGCUACAGCUGAUUCGCGGGGCUUCGGAUCAUUCGUUGAAAUUGAAGAGCAUCCUGUGGGGACCAGAGCAAGCUCCAGUUUUCUGUGAGAUUUCUAGCGAGGCAAUUCGUCCGUAUAUUCCGGCGAGCCUUCGCGAAAGAGUCUUCCACACCUUUCAUGAUCCCGCCCACUCUAGCGGCAAGAUCACUGAUCGCAUGAUUCAUCAGAGAUAUGUCUGGCCGGAUAUGCAUCGAGAUAUUGCAUCUUGGUGCAAGAACUGUGCCGCGUGCCAGCAAUCCAAGGUCUCACGUCAUGUCCGUCAAACUCCAGAGCAUUUCGUCGCCCCUGAUGGUCGUUUCGACCAAGUUCAUAUUGACAUUGUAGGGCCUCUGCCCUCGUCACAGGGAUGUUCGUACUGUCUCACGAUGAUCGACAGAUUCUCUCGUUGGGUGGAGGCUGUUCCUAUGCCGGAUAUUACGGUCCAGACGGUAGCCAGGGCGUUCUACGACACCUGGAUUUCACGAUAUGGUGCACAAGGUCAUAACUACCGACCAGGGUGCUCAGUUCGAAUCCCGUCUGUUUUCGGCACUCCUGUCGUUGAUAGGGUGUAG